AUGAACGAUGGAGAUUCCAGAAGUGUGCCCAUCGCCAUCAUUGGCAUGGGCUGCAGGUUUGCAGGGGACGCGACCAGUCCCGAAAAUCUGUGGAAGAUGUUAGAAGAGGGUAGGAGUGCUUGGAGCGAAAUUCCACCAUCUAGGUUCAAUCUUGAAGGGUGGUAUCAUCCGAGCCAGGAAAACAUCAGCACGACAAAUGUGCGAGGCGGUCAUUUCCUGAAGGAGGAUUUGGCUUUGUUUGAUGCAACAUUUUUUGGGUUGUCGGCUGAAACAGCUUCGACAAUGGACCCUCAAUAUCGCUUGCUUUUGGAAUCUGUCUAUGAGUCACUGGAGAACGCUGGUGUUACACUGGAGCAAGCGGCCGGCUCAAACACGUCUGUUUUCUCUGGAGCCUUCUUCCAUGAUUAUCAGGACGGCCAUAUGCGAGACGCUGAGAACCUUCCUCGCUUCCUGAUGACAGGUAAUGGUGCGGCUAUGGCCUCAAACCGCGUAUCUCACUUUUUCGACUUGCUUGGACCAAGUAUGACAGUCGAUACUGGCUGUAGCACGACUCUCACCGGAUUGCACCAAGCCUGCCAGGGCCUGAAGACCAGAGAUGCAGAUAUGUCCAUUGUUGGCGGUUCAAAUCUCCUCAUCAAUCCUGACUUUUUUAUCACUAUAUCAACCUUGGGAAUGCUUUCGCCAGAUGGAAAAUCAUACUCUUUUGAUAGUCGCGCAAAUGGCUAUGGCCGUGGGGAGGGCGUUGCUUCCAUUGUGCUCAAAAGGCUGGACGACGCAAUCAGGGAUGGAGAUCCAAUCCGAGCAGUUAUUCGAGAAACGCACCUUAAUCAGGAUGGAAAAACGGAGACAAUCACUUCGCCCAGCCCGCAAGCUCAAGAACGACUCAUCCGGUCAUGUUACCAGAAAGCUGGCAUUGACACCCGUUCCAUCCAAUAUUUCGAGGCUCAUGGCACUGGUACACCGACCGGUGAUCCGAUUGAGGCUGGCGCCAUUGGUUCUGUAUUUGGAAAGGGCAGAUCGGCGAAAGAGCCCUUGUUUAUCGGCUCUGCAAAGACAAAUCUGGGUCAUACAGAGCCAACGAGUGGUCUGGCGAGUGUGAUCAAAGUCGCGAUGGCCUUAGAGCGAGGCGUCAUUCCGCCUAGCAUCAACUUCGAGAAGCCAAACCCGCGACUUCUACUGGAUGAAUGGAACCUCAAGAUUCCUAGGAAGUGCGAGGACUGGCUUCCUGGAACCGACGGCGUCCGGCGGGCAUCUGUGAAUAACUUUGGUUAUGGAGGAGCGAAUGCUCAUGUCAUCAUGGAGGAGUGGCCAUCUCAAGCUCUACAAGACGGUCACAGCCACACCAACGGUAAUGGAUAUAGCAAUGGAAUUGGCCAUGCCCAUGAAAACGGGACUAGUAACGGCAAUGGAUACGAGAUUACUCAACAACGGUCAAGAAUAUUUAUCCUGAGUGCGAAAGACGAGCUUACCUGUCGUGCGAUGGCGUCCAAUCUGAAGGACUACCUGGGCCGUUUGAACCUGGCGAGCGGAGAAGAAGGCAAAUUUCUAAACGAUCUCUCGCAUACACUGUGCCAGCGCCGUAGCCGGUUUCCUUGGGUUCUCACCUAUGCCGCAGAAUCAGUGUCAGCCCUGAUCGCAGCACUGGAUAAUGAGAAGAUCAAGCCAGCUAGAAGCAAUAGCGAUCGACCAAGACUUGGAUUUGUCUUCACCGGUCAAGGUGCUCAGUGGUAUGCCAUGGGAAGGGAGCUUCUAGACGCAUACCCCGUCUUCAAGGCCUCGAUGCUUGAAGCGGAAGGCUAUCUCAAAGAAUUCGGUGCGAAUUGGUCGCUUGUUGAGGAAUUGUGUCGAGACGCUGAGACUAGCAGAGUGACCGAGACCUCUUUGGGCAUGCCAAUGUGCGCUGCUUUGCAAAUAUCUCUUGUGCGCCUCCUCGAGUCAUGGGGCAUUACACCUUCUGCCGUUAGCAGUCACUCGAGCGGAGAGAUUGCAGCUGCGUACACCGUGGGAGCUAUGAGCUUCCGGUCGGCUAUGGCUGCCUGCUACAGUCGUUCUGAGGUCACUUCGGGCCUUACAACUCGAGAAGGUGGCAUGAUAGCAGUCGGCUUAGGCGCCGAGGCUGUUGAGAAAUAUCUCAAGAAGGUGAAGAAUGGCGAGGCCAAAGUAGCAUGCCAUAACAGUCCCACCAGCGUCACUGUGUCUGGAGAUGCCACUGCUGUCGAGGAGCUCGAAGUAUUGCUAAAUGAAGCAAAUAUUUUCGCUCGCCGACUUCGAGUGCGAACUGCCUUCCACUCCCAUCACAUGCAGCCCCUUUAUGACCCGUAUCUCAAAGGAAUGCGCGAGAUCGGAGUGGGCAAGGAGAAGCGUACAUUGGGACCCAUAAUAUACGCAUCACCCACCACCGGAACCCGCAUAAGCAGUGCCGCCGAAAUCGGCAAUCCAGAGCAUUGGGUCAAGAGUAUGUUAAGUCCCGUUCAGUUCAUUGACGCUUUCCGCGAAAUGGCCCUCGACUUAUCUACCGGACAGACUGAGAUCGACUUCGCCAUCGAAGUUGGUCCACAUGCCGCACUUUCGGGUCCUGUUGCGGAUAUUCUCCUCCUUCCAGAAUUCAAGGACAGCAACAUUUCAUACCUCUCUUGCUUGAUCCGAAAGAAUAGUGCUGUGCAAACAAUGCAGACGUUGGCGGGUCAAUUGAUAUCCAAGGGCUUCCCUGUCGACAAUAACGCUGUCAACUUUCCCCUCGGCAGAACUAAUGUUAGUGUCCUGUGUGACCUGCCUCCCUACCCCUGGAAUCACCAAGUGCGCCACUGGUCUGAGCCCCGGGUCAACCGAUCUCAUCGGGAUAAGCAAUUCAAACACCAUGAUCUGCUUGGAUCUCUGGUGAAGGGUGCCAACACUUAUGCUCCCACGUGGAGAUAUGUGAUCAGACCAGCAGAGCUUCCGUGGGUCAGGGACCAUACUGUUCAAUCCAAUAUCAUCUACCCUGGAGCUGGAUACAUUUGCAUGGCCAUUGAGGCCGCGUGUCAGCUCAGUCAGAUGACCAACGAAACACCAUCGGGUUACCGACUCCGAGAUGUGGAUAUCCAGCAGGCACUUGUGAUUCCCGAAGGGUCUGAAGGAGUUGAAGUCCAGAUCACACUUAUGCCUGUCAGCAUGAAGGAUAUCGGUGUUAAGGGUUGGAAGAAGUUCCAGAUCUUUUCGGCAGGCAUGGACAACAAAUGGGCAGAGCAUUGUGCAGGUCUUAUUCACGUUGUGUCCGACAAGACCAAUGUCGAUGGUGGAAGAUGGAGCUGGCUAGGUCCAGAUUCAGAACCCAAGCCUCUCCGAGGAUACUCCAAGACUAUCGACGCCGGCCAAAUCUAUGCCGACAUGAGGUCCCUUGGCAUUUAUCACGGCCCAGUCUUCCAAAACUUAGAAGCUGUCCAAGUGGCCGACAAGCAAUCAGUAAGUAUCUUGUCUGUUGCUGAUGUCACAUCAAUCAUGCCUGCAAACUAUCAGCAUGAGCAUGUUCUGCAUCCCACCACGCUUGACUCAAUCUUCGUGUCGGCAUACGGCGCCCUUCUGGGGUCAAAUGCUCACCUAGACAGCCCACAAGUGCCUAAGACAAUCAAAGACAUUUGGGUGUCUUCGAAGAUUGCUUCUGAAAGUGGGCACAAAUAUAAAAGUUACGUCAAGGUGCACCACGCCGACUCGAAAAGCUUCCAGUCUACCAUUUGUCUGGUCAAUGCGGAAGAUGGCGAUGGAUCUCAAGAGCCCGUCCUGGCGAUAAAUGGUUUUGUCUGCCAGUCUAUCGGAGCAGGUAUUCCUCGUCAGCCAGAUCCUCAUCAGGAUGACAUCUGCAGCACACUGAAAUGGGCUCCUGAUCUCUCAUUCAUGGACCUCGCACGUUUGAAACAAGAGCUCAUUUUCCCUGUUGAUCAAAAAGAGGAAGGUAUCAUUCUCGACCUCAGACGUGCCUGUUUUCACUACGUGUACUACGCCCUGGGAUGCUUAACUCUAGCUGAUGUGCAGCAGCUGGAGUGGCAUCACAAGAAAUUCUACACAUGGAUGAAGCUGCAGGUCACACAGGCUCUUCAAGGCGAGCUUGGACCGGGAAGUUCAAAGUGGGUCGAAGACAGUAUGGAGGAUAAGAAGAAGCUCUUCAGUUCAGUCCAAGCUUCCAGUGUAAACGGCGAGGUGGUUUAUCGCCUAGGACCGCAGAUCGUAGCCAUGCUGAGGCGCGAGGUGACGCCUCUGGAGCUGUUGAUGGAAGACAAGCUCUUAUACAAAUACUACCGCGACGCCCUGAAGUUCGACCGGGCGAACGUCCAGCUAAGCAAGAUCAUUCGGCACAUUGUGCACAAGAACCCUCGAGUUAAAAUCCUUGAGAUUGGUGCGGGUACCGGUGGCACGACUCGAUCACUGCUCAACGUUAUCGGAAACGGAAAAAAAUCCGGGUUUGGACCCUUCGCGUCCGAAUAUCACUUCACGGACGUAUCGUCUGGCUUUUUCAUCGAUGCGCAGGAGCAGUUUGGUGACUGGAGCGACAUUAUAACAUAUCGGAAGCUGGACAUCGAAGCUGAUCCGGCCAAGCAAGGCUUCGAGCUCGGCAGCUACGAUGUUAUUAUCGCAUGCCAGGUCUUGCAUGCUACCAAGAGGAUGGAAACCACCAUGAAGAACGUCCGCAAUUUGUUGAAGCCAGAAGGUAAGUUGCUCAUGAUGGAGAGCACAAAAAAUCAAGUAGAUAUGCAACUCACCUUUGGGCCGCUCCCUGGGUGGUGGCUAAGUGAGGAAGAGGAACGGAAACUCAGUCCUAUCUUAUCAGCUCCUUCCUGGGACAGAGUGCUCAAAGCAGCCGGAUUCAGUGGACUCGACUUGGAUGUUCAUGACUGCGAAAGUGAGGAAACCUAUUCAUUCAGCGUUCUCAUGUCCACGGCACAAUCCGAGGAGGCAGACAGUUCUCGGUUCAAUCCCGCUGUGAUUGUCACUGGUGGUAGUUCUUCCUAUCAGGAUGAGGUCUGGCUGAGGGCGCUACAGGACUCCAUUGCCACCAUAACCGGCGGUGCCCUUCCCAGCAUCGAAGCAAUCGACUCGAUUGAUGCGACCGGAAAGAAUUGUAUUUUCUUGGGAGAGAUGCACCAGUCACUGCUCCAAACACCUUCACUGAAAGAAUUUGAGGCGAUCAAGUCUCUUUCUUUGAAAUGCAAGAGUCUUAUUUGGGUCACUCGAGGUGGUGCUGUGGACUGUGAGAGCCCCGAACUUGCUUUGAGUGUUGGCUUUUUCCGUACUCUUCGGCAGGAAAAUGUUGGUAAAAAGUAUAUCACAGUGGAUCUGGACCCACAGAGAUCUAUUCUGGGCCAGCACGAUGCGUCUAUUGUUGCCAGAGUUUUAGUCUCGGCUCUUGAUCAAUCUGUCGCCGAUGAUUCUGCACAGGACUUUGAAUUCGCAGAGCGAGAUGGUGCAAUCCUUAUUCCCAGACUCACCAAGGAUUUUGCGAGAAAUUGCUUUGUCUCUGCCGAUACUAACCAGGACAUCAAGUCUGAGUCAGAGCUCUUCCAGCAGCCUGGUCGGACUUUAAAGCUGGAUGUUGGCACAACAGGCCUCCUGGAAACUUUGGCAUUCAGCGACGCACCGGAUCAGAAUGACGAUUUAGCCCCAGAUUUCAUCGAGAUCGAGCCCAAAGCGUUUGGCCUCAAUUUCCGGGACGUAAUGGCUGCCAUGGGUCAGCUCAACGAGCGGGUUAUGGGCUUAGAAUGCGCGGGAAUCAUCACGCGUAUCGGCGCUAUCGCCGCAUCAAAGGGCUUUGGUGUCGGAGACCGCGUUUUUGCUCUGUUGAAUGGCCAAUACACCAAUAGUAUUCAAGUCCCCUGGGCUAUUGCCUGUCAUAUGCCCGAGCAUUUAGAUUUCGAGACAGCCGCGUCGAUCCCCAUGAUAUACGCAACCGCUUACAUGUCGUUAUAUGACAAGGCUCGAUUAUGUAAGGGUCAGUCUGUCCUUAUCCAUGCCGCGACAGGUGGUGUUGGCCAGGCAGCAAUAAUUCUGUCGCAACUGGUGGGAGCCGAGGUAUUCGCCACGGCUGGUACACCCGAAAAGCGCGCUUUCAUCACCAGCAAAUACGGAAUUCCCGCGGAUCAUGUCUUCUCCAGCCGUGACGCAUCAUUUGUCCCCAAACUGAUGGCGAUUACAAGCGGACGUGGCGUAGACGUUGUCCUGAACUCCUUGUCAGGCCAACUUCUCCAAGAGACCUUCAACUGUCUCGCUCCUUUUGGUCAUUUCGUGGAGAUUGGAAAGUUUGAUAUGGAGCGGAACAACCAUCUCGAGAUGGUACCUUUUACCCGUGUGGCGUCCUUUUCUUCCAUAGAUCUGCUGGCGCUCGUCAGGCUGGCCAGUCCCCAGAUCUACCGGGUGCUGGCAAGCGUCGCUCGCCUUAUUGAGCAGAAAGUCAUCAGCCCAGUAGACCCUGUCACUGUCUUUCCCCUUUGUGAUAUCGAGAAUGCAUUCCGUCAAAUGCAAGCUGGCAAGCAUAUGGGAAAGAUUGUCCUGUCGAUUAGCCCGCAGGAGAUCGUUCCGGUCAUUUCACGCAAGCCGUCAGUUAGAUUCCGUUCCGACGCAUCCUACCUUGUCGCUGGUGGUGUAGGUGGAAUUGGACGAUCGGUCGCUCGCUGGCUCCUCACACACGGCGCAAAGAACUUGAUCCUAGUGUCGAGGAGUGCAGCUGCCGGGGGUCGUACGGCCUUAUUUGUUGACGAGCUUCAGGAAUCAUACCCAGGGUCUAGAGUCAGAUCAAUCGGAUGUGACAUCUCGGACGAGGCUAGCUUUGCCCUUGCACUGAAAAACUGUGCGAAAGAACUUCCGCCAAUCCGGGGCGUGAUCCAAGCCGCAAUGGUUCUCGAGGAUUCCAUUCUCGAAAACAUGACAAUUGACAACUACAACGCAGCCAUUCGACCCAAGGUACAGGGAACGUGGAGCCUCCACCACCAGCUCGGUUCCGAUCUUGACUUUUUCAUCAUGCUCUCCUCCCUCGCCGGUGUAAUCGGAAAUGCCAGUCAGAGCAACUACACAGCUGGUGGAGCUUUCCAAGAUGCACUGGCCAGGCAUCGAGUGGCGAAGGGUCUCCCGGGAGUAGCUCUCGAUAUUGGUGCCGUCAAGGAUAUCGGCUAUGUGGCUUCAAACAAGGGCGUUUAUGAGCGUCUGGAGAAAAUGGGCUACCGGCUGCUUGCGGAGGAGGAAAUUAUGUCCUCCAUCGAAUCAGCCAUCCUCUACCCCUGUCCACAAGUCAUGGUCGGAAUCAACACCGGUGGUGGUUCUUCCGACUCGAUUCUGGCCAGAGAAUCUCGCUUUAGUGCCCUGCGCUAUAUGAAAUCAGCCAACAGCAGCAACGGUGCAUCCAAGGCUACUGGUGGUGCUGUCAAUCUCGCUAGCAAGCUAUCCUCUGCGGAGUCGCCAGACGAGGCCGCCGAGUUAGUUAUGGAAGCGCUGGUCAAGAAAUUGGUGGAUAUUUUCAUGAUUCCUGCUGAAGAGGUCGUACCCACCAAAUCGAUGGCAGCCUUUGGCGUCGAUUCACUUGUUGCUGUCGAGCUUCGGAACAUGUUGGCCUUGAAGGCGGGAUCAGAGGUUUCCAUUUUUGACAUCAUGCAAAGUCCGUCUCUCGCAGUCCUUUGCGACAAGGUCGCGUUGACCAGCUGUUAUGUUGCUGUAUCUUGA